AGCGAAACGCCGGCCACAGCGACGACGGUGGGAGCGCUGCUCGGGCUGCGCACCCAGUUGUACUCCAACGCCCUCCGCAAACUCCCCUACAUGCGCCAUCCGUGGGAGCACGUGGUGCGUUGGGGCUGGGGCGGUCUUCUUCUUGACAAGGCCAAGGCCGCCAAUGAGCGCAGAUACUUCGGAGGUUUCAUCGUUGUGGCAGGGAAAGCUUUAAUGUUUGUGACAGAAAUUUGAAUGGUUGGGCAUUUAUGCGAAGUAUGAUUUUUUUGGGACGAUAGCACAAAUAUCAGGUUUAGAGCAGUAUGCCAAUGCAACUCUUUUGGUGGUUAUACAUUACAAAAACCUUGUGAUUUUCCAAGGACCAGUUGUUUAUUAUUGAUUCUCUAGCAGAAACUAUUAUAUGAUAAUAUUAAUUUUA